AUGGUAAAGUUCACCAUCCUCGCCGGCGGCUAUGACGUCUUCAUCACAUCCUACCUCUUCAACUCGGACGCAUCCACUCUAUCACUGACGGGCAAAUACCCAUCUGGUUCUAAUCCUUCUUGGAUAACGUCGCAUCCUACCAACAAAAGCAUCCUAUACGCCACCAACGAAAAUACCGAAGGAGCCGUGCAAUCCUUCACAGUCACAUCAGAUGGCGUACUCUCUGAGCCGGUCAGCACGAUCCCGACAGACGGCGAUAGCCCUGCUUUCGCAGUCGCCCUCUCCACAGGGCAAGUCGCUGCAAUGAACUAUGGGAGUGGCAACGGACGCAUCAUUCCUACAACAAGCACGCCACUAGACUUUGAUAACACCGCAGGCGUGGUAUCGUUCCCCAUCCAAAGCGGAGGUGUAUCUCACCCCCACAUGGCACUGGAGUACGGAAACGAGGUGCUAGUUCCUGAUUUGGGAGGUGACACCGUCUGGCGGCUCAAGGAGAAUGGAUCACCUGGAAACUGGAACAUUUCCGGGUCAAUCACCCAGCCUGCAGGAUCCGGACCGAGGCAUAUAGCAGUUGAAGAUGGUCUGCUAUUUACUCUACACGAACUUGCGUCCACCCUUACGGUCCAGAGGAUCCCUUCCCUUUCCACCAAGACUGCUGCACUUCUCGCUAAUGUCUCCAUCAUACCCCCAGACCCGCCAGCUAACGCGUCUUUCGCCGCCGCUGAGCUUCUUAUUCCUAAAACCUCGAGCAAGUUCCCCGUGCAAUACAUAUACGCGUCGAAUAGGAACGUGGGGCAGAUUGACGAGCGCGGUGAUGCGAUUGCGAUCUUCCGGUACGUCAAAGGGAAGCUGGAGCUCAUCAGACACGUAUACACUGGCUUGGACCAGGUACGCGGAAUGGAGUUUGGUGGCGAGGACUCGGAAUACUUGGUCGCAAGUGGUGUGGCUGGAACUGGUGGUGUUGUGGUGUUCCGUAGGGUCGACGAGGGAAGGAGUCUCAAAGAGGUCGCAAGAAACACUGACAUCCCUACUAGAACAACCUUUGUAUGGCUGUAG